CUCUGGAUGUUAUGAGGUGAGGGAGGCAAAAAUAGCUCUGACAUGUCUUCUGCUGUGACCAAGCCCCUCUCCGCUUGGCCCUGUCAAUCACACGCCAAAACAAGAUGGCAGGCUGCAGGAGCUGGGUCUUCUUUAUAACAGUUUGUGCUGUCAGAUUUUUUGAGGCCAAUGCAGAGAUUAAAGUUACCAUUCCUGUGGGGAAGUUAUUUACAUACGAGCUGCUGAGAGAGACUUUCCAGAAUGACUUUGAGCCUUUGUCAAAACUCUACGCUGGACGCUUGUAUGAUGACCCCAUGAUUUUUAAGUGCAACAGGCAGAAUUUCCCAGACCUCCCAGAGUGGCUGCGCUUCACCCAAAGACACCCUUACAAUAAUGGCUUCCUGUACGGCACACCGACAUCUCCGGGGAAAAGUAUAAUUGAGAUCUAUGCCAUCAACAAACGGAGCUAUGAAGCAGCCAGACACAUACUUGUGAUCAAAGCCACUGCGGAGAAGAUGCUGCCCUAUCAAGCAGAGUUCUUCAUCAAGCUGAGGGAGAUUGAGAAGGUGCUGCCCUCUGCUGUUCAGGUUGAGAUAAAGCAGGAUUUACAGAAGCUGUGGGACACAGAGGCCUUGGAAAUUGUCAAUUUUACCAACGCCCUUGACCGCGGCGGCAGAGUUCCCCUCCCUCUUGCAGGACACUUUGAAGGUGUGUAUGUGAAGGUUGGGUCGGAGCAGUAUUUCUCAGAUUGUCUCCUAAGGGUGCUCACACCAGAGAAUGAAAAGCAGUGCACAGCAGGGGCAAAGGUCAAGGUACCCGGAGGAUGUAGCUUCUGCAGCAUUCCCAGCAACUGUAUUACCUGGUGCAAGACGGAGCUGUUUGAUCUGACUAAACAGGAGCCAGCUCCACCCGCUCCCACCAUGGGUUCGGGGAUCCUGGAGGAUGGAGGUGACUUCGACCCUCCCGAGUCUCCUCCGAGCAGAGACUUCUUCCCGGACUACAUCGUGACAGUGAUCGUGCCCCUGAUCCUCGCCAUUAUCCUGUUACUCCUGCUGGCCUACAUCAUGUUCGGCAGACGAGAGGGAGUUACGAAAAGGAAUGCAAGAACAAACCAGAUUCAGCUGUACCACCACCACACUAUUCACGGGAACACUGAUGAGCUGAGGAACAUGGCUGGACACCGCGGCGCUCCUACACCUCUGUCCACACUGCCCAUGUUCAACAGCCGGACUGGGGACCGGGCUCCACCGCUGCAGUCUGACAGCAUCCCCCUCAUCAUGGCCCAGCAUGAUCCUUACAGUGACACGCUGCCCAGGAAAUGAGAAGAUGAAUUAAGCAUCUUUACAUACAUAUAUACAGUCUAUGAUUCUAUAUUUGCAGUGGGAAAUUAUGUUUUUUUUUCUUCUUAAAAUUAAAUAAGAGUUUGUAGUUUGUUAAAUUGUUGUUUGCCCUUUAUGAUUUUCUGUAUUCCACUAUCUUUCACUAUCAAUAAAAAAAAAGAUCAAAAGCC